AUGGCUUUAACCAACACUUUGCUUGGCCUUCUUGGCCUUACAGGAGCUACAUACGCAGCAUGUUCUAAUCUCUUGAUUGACGACUUUUCGAGACAAACCCCCUCCGGUCUGAACAGCUUGAGUUCAUGGACUAGUGACGACAACUCCAUGUCGAGCAUCGUCCUCGCCAACGGAGUACUUUCCUUCACUCCCAAGCCGGACAGUUCUUCGUACUUUUACGAGACUCUUGAUUGUUAUCGAGCAGCCACUCAAGGUUACAAGGCAUUGUCUUUAACUGUAAAAGGACCCAAGGAUGCCUCCUUCAUGGUAGAGAUCCAGACCAAGCAGGCUUGUACGGAUAAGGAGUACAAAAGCCAAUGGGUUGUUAUCUCUGGCCUGACGGGUUCGACGCAGACUGUCAGCAUCGCCCUGUCUUCGUUUCCCGACGCCAAUUUGGACGGCAUCACUGGCUUUGUUUGGUCCACCUACUCCCAGUUCUCCGGCUACCAGUUCAGCAACAUCCAACUCACUUGCAAUGAGGGCACCACCUCAUCCCCACUACCAAUCUCAUCAACCGCAUCCAUAAAAAGCUCUCUUUCGGCUUCUCAGCCUGUUCCAGCCUCGGCGUCUUCAACGUCCUCGACAUGCGAGCUCAUCCUCCACUACAUUGGCAAGGUCGCCGAGUAUCUCAUCUACCUUGACGUCUCGCAGUACCUCUGCCAGCUCAAUGAACAGAGUGUCCAGCGCGCUUUCUUCCCAAUCAUCCUCCCGAACAUUCAGUACGUCUUCAUCGGCCUCGCGCAGCAGCUCCUCCUCUUCAAGUUCAACCACGUCUUUGACCUCAAGAGGCAGCACCACUUCAAGCUCGUCAAGCACCACCGCCUCUUCCAGGACAUCGUCCCUCCCCAACAGCAGUAG